GGUUUUAACUCAAAUUGCGGAGCCGGUCUUGAAGAAGCAGAAGAAAGAAAGAGGAAAAACCAGAGCCGAUGGUGCCCGAACGACCAAUAGACGAAAAAGGAGAGGAAGAAGAAGAAGACGACGCGGAGGAGGCACUACCCUAUAAUCCUUCCGCCCCUUCUUCCGAGUUAUUUGACAUCUCAACGACAGUUGAUCCUGGCUAUAUAAUCUCUUUGAUACGAAAACUUCUUCCCAACGUUGUGAGGGAUAACACUUGCUCUAAUGUAGUAAAUGAUCACAGUGGUUCCAUUGUAUCGGAAACCGCUAGUUUGGAAGAAUGUGCAGCCGACCUCCCUCGAGCUGGGGCCGCAAAUGUCACAGACAAUGAAGUUGAGGUCAUGGACACCCUGGAUGGUCAUCACGGUCUAAUUGAAAGAGAGGAUUCCUUUCAUGGUUCUGAAUAUCCCAGUGCAACAGCAGGAAAUGCGACCUGGGAAGAGUACGGCUGCAUUUUGUGGGACCUCUCUGCAAGUAGGACACAUGCAGAGUUUAUGGUGGAAAAUCUUAUCCUUGAAGUACUUUUGGCAACUCUUACUGUUUCUGAAUCUGCUAGGGUUAAGGAGAUUAGCCUUGGAAUCCUCGCGAAUUUGGCUUGUCAUGAAGUUCCACAAGCACAUAUAGUCUCUACAAAAGGAUUGCUUGAGAUAGUUUUUGAUCAGUUGUUUAUAGAUGACAUUCCAUGCCUUUCUGAAACUUUCCGGUUGUUGACUUGGGGUCUACAACGUAGUGGAUCUGCUACUUGGACUGAAACAUUGCAACCUGAACCUGUUCUUGGCCGUAUACUAUGGAUUACAGAAAAUACGUUAAAUACUCAGCUACUGGAAAAGAGUGUGGAGUUAUUGUUGUCCAUGUUGGAAGGUCAAAAAGUGGCUCAAAUUCUUCUUCCAUUUUUGAUGAACUUGGGUUUGCCUAGUCUUCUGGUUAAUCUGUUAACAACUGAGAUGGACAUUUUGAUCGGGGAAAGAAUGCCUGAGAGGUUCCCUGUUCUUGAUUUGAUCCUGCGUGCAAUUGAGGCUCUUUCUGUUAAUGAUGAUUAUUCACAAUCAAUCUCUUCAAACAAUGAACUUCUCAGACUAGUUUAUGGCCUGGUCAAACUUCCUGACAAAGUUGAGGUAGCCAGCUCUUGUGUUAGUUCUGUGGUCCUGAUUUCAAAUAUACUGUCUGAUGCACCAGGUCUAGCUUUGGCUAUGUCUCAAGACCUGCCUUUCUUACAGGGUCUUCUUGAAAACUUUCCCCUUGUUUCGGAUGAUUUGGAAACACGGAGUGCACUCUGGAGUGUGCUGGCAAGGUUAUUGGCUGAAGUUAAAGAAGAUGAUAUGAGCCCAUCAAAUCUGCACAAUUAUGUUGCGAUUCUUGUAAAGAAUUCUGAUUUUAUUGAAGAAGACCUCUUUGAUCACCAGGUAGAAGAUUCCAGUGAAGAUUUUAAGAGCUCAAGCACUUCUGGCAGGAAAUCUACUCUCAGGACUGCUCUUAACCAUCUGGUGGGAAUUUUGAAUCGGUGGACUGCUGCAGCAAGUGAUUUCGCAAGGGAGGAUCAUCUGGAUCAAGGAAAAGUUGACAGACUGCUGCAUUUGUGUAAUAAACACGCUAAAUGACAUGGUAUUUUCUGCUUUGUCCUUGUAUCUUCAUUUGUACUAGAACCAGUUUCCUGUGUAAUGCCAUCAAUCUAUUUUUUU